AUGGGUCAGCUUAGCGAUCUUCCCCCGGAGCUCAUCCUGACCAUCUUUUCUCACUGGCGGUUGGGUCUGCCAAUGCAUGAUCUGUUUGUGUGGACAAGAGACAUCGAUGAGCAGGGACGAAUAACUGGAGUCAGAUGGAACGACCUUCUCAACUUCUCACUCCUGAACCGCCACUUCCGCCAAAUUGUGUCCGACAAGCUGUACACACAGAUCAGGAUCCAAGGGAAGCUUCCAAUCACGAGACUCGUAUCGUUUUUGCGCUUCAUCACAGCGCAUCCUGAAGCAGCUGCCGACGUGAGGCAGGUGUACAUCAACCUCGAUCCGGGGAGGACUGGCUCUGGAUCUCUUCGACAGAAGGACAUAUAUUUCAUCCAGACCGCGGCCGAAAACUCCGGAAUCACAUAUCCUCAAGAGAUCUUUCCUUGCGAAGAUCUGGUCGCUGAUCAUUUAGCACAGAGAUUAAUCGACCUUAACAACCCUGGUUGUCAAGAGGAGGAACACCUGCGACUCCAGGUUCUCGUCGCCAUCUUGCUUGCUCAUCUCCGAGGAACGCAAGAGUUGGCGCUUACCUGCCCCUACGGCGUAUUCAGAAAUUUCGCUCGUGGCAACCUAGCGAAGCAGCGUGGCUCAGGAUUCGACCCAGAUGACGAAAGGGUCAGGUUCGCUGACGAGACACCGAUGGUUGUUGGCAAACCCUGGCUCCCGCAGUUGUUCUCUCUUGUUACGACACAUAUUGCAGGCACCGAACCGUUCCGACCUAUCGGAUUCGAGGGGGAUGAGCUUGCGAAUCUUCUCUGCUUGGGCUCAAAGACCAGUCGGCUGUGUCUUGAUGACGCCGGUGUGGACUUCAGACUUCAAAAGGGCCCGGUCGGGAAUUGGGCGAACAUUUCUCAUCUCACCCUGACUACUCAGCACAUAAGUAUCGCAGCCAUGCAGAGCAUCGCCAAUCACUGCAGCGCUUUGUCGACAUUCAAGUACUUGCCAACAGCCUACGAGUCAUUUGGAGUGACACAAUCGACGCAGGCCGAGCCCGGGGAGGUGAUACACGCUCUACGGAAACAUGCGAACACGCUGCGUACGUUGUGCAUUUCGUCCUCAGGGUACUCCCCUCGCGGUUUCAUCAGCAUGCCUGUUUCUAAGCUCGAUUGCUUCGUCGCCCUGGAGAAUCUGUGGAUUGAUAACAGGACCAUUACUGGGGACUUGCCUGCGGUCCAGGGGACGCUGAUUAAGGUUGAUCGAAGAGAAAAGCUCAUCAUGUCCUUGCCGCCUUCUAUCAAAAGGCUCCAUUUGCACAACGCUUCGUAUGUCCCCAGCGGGGGGCUGUAUUGGCUUGCUGGACACAGCGAGCUUUUUCCGAAGCUUGUCAGAGUUGAGUUGGACUGGCCAACGGGCGAUGAUUACACGCCAGAAGAGGUCAUUCGGAAGCUGUUCUUGCAGGUUGGGGUGGACGCGCCGACGAGGCGAGGCAUGAUUCGGGACGCCCGCUUAUGGGAUCGGUAUUUCUGA